UGAGGUAACGAUCGCAUUUCUUCAUCUACUAAUGGAUCAUCAAAUGAGAUCGACAUACUGCACGGUUGUCAAUAAAUGCGACGACGCGAAGUAUCUGUGCUAUUUCCACGGGAAAGCUGGGGCGUUUAACAUUCGAAUGACCGACGCUUCAGAUGUAUGGAGCACGGAUUUCACAGAGGACACUUUGACCCAGCAUAUGAAGAGCUUUGCCUUGAAGUCACCUGAAAGUUACGUCUCGAAAAUCAGGGAAGCCUGUCAGACAGGCAUGGCGUCGGUGAGCCUGGAGGGGGACUCUGCGCUCCUGCACUUGGGGGGUGGCCUUAGCGUUUCCCUGUCUCGGCUGGGCAGCCCGCAGUCUCGUGCGGAGCUGCAGGAGCUGCUCUUCAGGAUGGCUGAGAGCUUGAGCUGCAUGGGUGGCCCAGCUCCUGUCAGUCCCAUGAAAAACGUGCAGGGAGGGCGUACAGAAUUUGAGCCUAGGAGGCACCAGACCGGGCCGAUUCUGGCAGUAAGGAAGCGCAUUCCGGGAGACUCGCUCAUCAAUCCGGGAAGCAGAAGUAAGAAGUCCGCAACCGGCGUCUUGUUUGAUGAGUGAGGAUCUCUGAAUAGAUGGUCUGGCCCCCCAUCCUGGGUUGUUCCCCCCCUCAUGCCCAUUGCUUCCGGGAUAGGCUCUGGACCCCCGCGACCCAGUAGGAUAAGCAGUUUGGAAGAUGGAUGGAUGGAUAUGGCCAUUAAUGUCUGCUGGUCCUGACACUGAUUCAUGUACCAUAAACCGCUCAGUAUUCAGUAUGAAAUGUGUGGUAAUCUGUCAUUAUUUAUCCUUUUAAUCCUCUCAAGUAUGAAUUUCCAUUCAUAACAUGAUGCUGUUUUUAAUAAUUCCCUCCUUUUUAAGCUGCGGACUUGACACACAAUUUUUUAACGUGCUGAUAUAUGCUGAUGAACACCCAUUGUUUUAAAAAAUAAAUAAAUGCAUUUGUAAUGAA